CGUACACACUUUUGCUUUAGCACACUGACAGGAUCUGGCUCAGACAAGCGAAGGCGUGUGCGUACCGAGCUGGCUUAGCUGAACAGCCAGGUCAUGUCUUUAAAGAUGGAGAUGGAUGUCAGUGGUGUGUCUAGGGCACCCAUAUCCGUGUUACCUGCAGCUGAGGUCAAAGCUACACUGAAGCCAGAGGUAGACAAACCACGCUGCUCCAGUACCCCCUGCUCACCCAUUAAAAACACAGUCUCAGGCUACCAGAUCCUCCACAUGAACUCCAACUACUUGGUGGGCUUCACCACUGGAGAGGAGCUUCUCAAACUGGCUCACAAGUGGUCCAGUCCAGAGAAGAGUGGCGCUGAGGCUCUGCCCAGCCCAAUGAAAAAGCCUGUGGAUUUGGGCUUGCACCGCGCCUCGCGCCUUUACAAAACCAAAAGCCGCUACUACCAGCCCUACGAUAUCCCCGCAAUCAACGGGCGCAGGAGGAGACGCAUGCCCAGCUCAGGCGAUGCCUGCUUCAGGUCCCUGGCGGUGGGGGAGCCCAGCAAGGCCCUGCAUGGCCCCCUACCCCUCUGCCUGCUCAAGGGUAAGCGGGCGCACUCCAAGUCCCUGGACUACCUCAACCUGGACAAGAUGAGUCUCAGGGAGCCAGCGGACACUGAGGUGCUGCAGUACCAGCUCCAGCAUCUCACGCUGCGGGGUGAGCGCAUGUUCACCAGGAACAAGACAUGAGCGCCUGCUCCUGGGCCACGCACACCCUUCGUCAGGCCCUGCCCUGCCCCUUGCCAAGAGGGAUUUGGCUGCUGUUUUGGGCCUCGUGUUUCUCCACUCAGAUCAUAGGCAGUCUCUGUAGUAAAGCGCCCAUAGGCCACUAAUGUUAUUUUAAGAACUGUUUGUUAACCAAAAGGUUCUAUGAGGUACUGUCUAGGCCCGACUAACUUAAACAUUAAUCUGUGAACAAAAGUUGUUUUAAUAGUGUGUGUGUCAAGGGGAUCCGUUUAUAUGAGGGUGAGGUCAUUCAGGAUUAGCAAUAAAUGAUAUGCUUAACAAUUGCUACUACUGUAUGUGCGUGUACGCCUGUGCUAAGGUCACAUACCUUUGUGUGAAAAUGCCUCUUUGCAAAAAUGUAUGUAUGCUCUGCACUGGAUCUCACUGU